AUGGUUCAGUUUGACUUACCUAAGCAUCCAAGGCUCAAAUCCGCUCUCCACACUAUCACUCCCGAACGACGCUCUAUCAUCCGGCAUCUCCCAUCACGACUUGAGCUUCUCGACGUCCUCUGCCAGCGAAGUUUGGAGCGCCCAGUGGACAAGGCGACAAUCAAGGUUAGAAAUCCUCCCCCAUUCCCCAUCGAAGCGAACGAGACGCGCCGUAGCGAAACGACCACCUUCACCAUGUACCCCGGCCCCAAGCCCCCGACGCCUCACGUCCCCGGCAUCUACCGAUUCACAGCAACUGCCCUAGGCGCCGGCAUGUGGUUCUUCCUGAUGUACCGCGCGAAGAAGGAUGGGCCUGUGUUGUUGGGCUGGAAGCACCCUUGGGACCACUGAAGUAAACAACCUACGAGAGGGAAAAGCUUGGGCAGGUAAAUCGGGGAUUUGCACAAGAAGCGAUGACGGCAAUGGGGACGGAUCUCCUACUCUAGAGCCUACAGGCGGAUACGCCCACUUU